AUGGACGGUCUAGUCCUCUCCAGUUUCAAUGUUGUGUGCGCCGCGUUUGGCGGAUUCCUUUUGAGUUUCGGGUUAGUGUCCGAUGCAUGGAAGCAACAGUUCCUGCUCUCCGAGGCAUUGAUUUCUUUGAUCGCAGGCACAGUGCUCUCACAUUUUGCGGGCUUCCUCCGUCCAGACGAAUAUGGUUGCGGGGAGGGUAAAAACAUAGAUGCAAUCACGCUUGAAUUUUCCCGGCUUGUCCUUGCAGUACAGCUGGUCCUCGCGGGCAUCCAGCUCCCUUCACGUUACCUCUCCACGGCAUGGCGCUCGCUUUUUUACCUGCUGGGCCCAACUCUGACAUUGAUGUGGCUUAGCGCAGGCCUCAUCAUAUGGUUGAUGCUACCAAGCCUGGGCUUCGUCCACGCCCUUGCGAUUGGAGCCUGCGUUGCGCCGACUGAUCCAGUCCUGUCCAAUGCUGUCAUUAAAGGCCGAUUUGCAGAGAUCAAUACUCCAAACCCAUUACAGAAACUUAUCUCAGCUGAAGCUGGGUUGAACGACGGUCUGGGCUAUCCGUUUCUCUUCUUCUCGUUAUAUUGGAUCAAAUAUUCCGCUAGUGAAGAGAGUCAGCUACCCAUGUUCACAUCCUGGCUCAGGGGUACUUGGGGCUACGUUGUUAUUUUCAGUGUGGUGUAUGGUGUCGUGGUGGGGUACGCCGCACGCAAGUUAUUCUUCUCUGCGAAAAGGCACGGGUUUGUUGAGGAAGAAAGCUCCUUGACAUAUGUUAUUGCCUUGUCUCUCUUCGUUUUGGGGACCUGCGGGAUACUGGGAACUGACGAUAUCCUUGCCUGCUUUGUCGCCGGGUGUGCAUUUGCAUGGGAUGACCAAUUUGAGCAGGACGCUUGCAGUGAACUCUUCUGGUCAUCUGUCGAUAUGCUGGUCAACAUUUCCAUCUUCAUUUGGUACGGUGCUGUCGCACCAUGGGCAUCAUUCGCAACAAACAACCUCAUCUCCCUUGAGAGACUAUUGAUCCUGGGAAUUCUGAUCCUUUGCCUCCGGCGUUUACCUGCCAUCUUAGUCAUGAAACACAAAGUAACCGAGAUCGAAAACCUUUUCCAGGCCAUGUUUGUCGGAUUCUUUGGACCUAUUGGUGUCUCGGCUAUCUUCUAUCUGAUGAUUGCAACAGAGUUCCUUGAGGAGCUGACUCAAGAUGACCAAGGUAUGGCACGAGGAGACAUACAAUACCUCCAAGAGGCCAUGCGGGUGGUCGUGUGGUUCCUUGUAGUGAGCAGUGUGGUCGUCCAUGGCUUAGCCUUACCGCUGGCCAGAGUGUGUUGCCGGAUUGCUCUGGGGAGCAAUCGUGCACGACUCGGCAAUAAUGAAGAUGCAGAAGCUGUAUCCGACUCUCCUGGCAGAAGGUUUAGAGACUACUUCGCCUUCAACUUGUCGAGCAAGGAAAGUCAGGCACGGCUUUGUCCGCGUGGGACUGGAUACAGGACUUUGGAAGAAGGUUGA